AUGGUGCCCAUUGUCCCACAGCAUCAACAGGCAGAGACAACGGGUGAGGUAGUACUGCAAGAGAGAGGCUUUGGGAGCAAGGGAGUCUGGAAAACAUCUCAACAUCAGGAGGUGAAGCUGAAGGGAGAGGUUGCCUGGGGAUCUAAAAGACAUUUUCCCCAUGUCCUUCUGGUUGCUUGUCAUGUGCAGGGACUGCGUAGACUGACAGCUUCUGCAAUGGCCCUGUUCCUUGCAGCGUCUCUCAUCUCAUAUUCCUGGAGUGCUCCUCAGGGUCACUUCCAAAGAAGAAACUGGACUCCUCAGGCUAUGCUUUAUUUAAAGGGUGCACAGGGACGUCGUUUUAUUUCUGACGAGAGCCAAAGGAAGGAUUUAUACGACAGACUGCAGCUAGAAACACGCAGCCAAAACUCAAAUCCUGUAUCUCUUUCGGAAGCUGCUGCACUAUUUCUCAGCUCCUUAUGGAAAGCACAAGAAGAAGGUAAAUGCACAUGUUAUUUUAUUCUCUGAGUUUCUAAGGGUUUUUUGAAUACUCAAGUUAGGAAAUUAACAUACAACUGAAAGGAUCUACCUUGGCUGACUGAAAUCACAAGUUAUGCCAUAAAUUAUAUUGUCCUGGAAUUUUAAAUUAGAUUGGAAUAGAUAUCAGAGAACAAAUUAGAUGAUAAAUGUUGGCCCAUUCUGUUAUUUCAUUCACUUUUCUCAUUUUUAUCAGUUAAUUUAGUGGCUGUAAGUCUAGAUUCCUUAUUGUUGUCAUAAUGCUUUCUUCUUUGGAUGCUAGGCACUGUUAUAUUGACUUGCUUUUGCAAUGGCAAACUCCUCCUGUUUCUAUAGUUCAUUGGCAAGAUCCUCACACCUACUCCAACUCCUUUGCCCUAUUCCAAAGGGCAUCAUGAAACAUGUAAAAGCCCCAGCAUAGACACCAAAGAUGAGAGCUGUAAGACUCUCUCUCUACAAACCCCUCCUAAACUCUGAUAUCAGGGUGUUGCUGGGGACAGAAAGCGUGAGUUGCGGAUGGGACGUUGUAGUGUGUAUACAUAAUGUUAUGGAGAUUUUGAGCAGCGCUGUGUUUCAUGGGAAGCCUAGGGAAGACCCACAGAGAAGCCCAGGAUUAGAAAAAGACAGAGGUGUUUUGAAGCUACUGCAGGCUCUGUCUACACUACAGAGUUUAGCUGGCAGAAUUGUGAGGGCACCCACAGAUAGCUCCUUUGAAAUGGAGCCCUGCCUUUCUGCUGCAGAAUUCAACCACCUCUGGUGAGCUGCCUGGCAGCUGACAGGAGCUUCAUGGAAUAUGCCUCCACCUUCUGCUGGGUGCUGUGAUCCCUAUAGCACUCGGUGCCUUCUGAAAGUGCACUUUGCAGUUUGGCAAUAGUUGCAUCUGCAAUGGGGCAGCAUGAAGCUGCCAGAAGUACAUGAGUAUGCAUGUAGUUUGGAGGCUUAGCAGUAGCAUCUGUCUGCUGACAGAACUGCUAACAAAGGCAGUUAAGAGCAGACAAGGCCUUUGCCCCUCUUUUUAUCCCACCUGGGGAGUUUUGUGGUCUUCCUCUUAGUCCUUGUCUUUACUAUGAUGAAAAUAGUGUAUUCUUAUCUCAAGUUAUCUACCCUGAUAUCAAAUACUUGUGAAGGCAAGGCAGUUGAUAGCUCUCAUGAGUGAACAAAGCAAGGUCAGUCUCUGCUUGACUUCCCAACACAUGCAAAAACUUUAAAACUGUGUUGUCUUCACUAGAAUGUUACUGUUUAUCAAGUCAAAUUAAAAACAGCUUCUUCCACAGGGGCAAAAAGGUUUUAGAACUUCUCUACAAAAUCUUAUUUCACCCGUCUUCAGAUGUACAGGACCUAUUCCUACAGUCUACAAUCACCUAAAAAAGUUCUAAUAUUCUGACUAAUAUUAAGGCAAUGUACUCUCUUUGGCCUUGCAGGAUUUGGCUGGAGUAAGAAUGGCCACUUUUAAUUUAAUACAGGACCCUAUGCCUAAUAUAUAGACUGCUGCACCUGCUUAAAGCACUACAUUUUGUCUUAUGGGUUGCUAACUUCAGGGAAAAAACAUAUAAGGUUCAUGACCUGUAAAUGAAAGUCAGUUGCAUCUUCCUGCUUGUUGUUGAGCAUAGUGAAUAAGCAGUGUUAAUCUUCUCACAACAAAAAAGUAUUUGAGAAAUCUGAGCAAAACUGACUGUCCUUAUUGUGUUUGUGAAGCUGAAUCUCUUUACUGCUUCAACUCACUAAGUCUAUUACUUUAAGGGCUGCAUUCAGCAAGAAGCUGAGCUCCCUGGCUCCAGUAUACUUUCAGUGUGUGCUUAUUUUAAAUGUGAAGAAACCCAUUAAAGCUAAAAGGACUACUUGUGUACUUAAAGCUGAGCACAUGUAUAAGUGUUUUGCUGGGCUGAGGCCAGAUUAGUCAAUACUUCACAGAAUGAAGCUAAAAGUAUCUUUUUUCCCAAGAAUAUUGCAAGAUUCUUUUCAACUAUCUUUCUUUUUUCACAAAGAAAAUAGAAAUCUUGUAGGGAAAUUUGCAGUGGGCCACUACCAAGCUUCUGCCUCAGUUAAAUGCUGCAUAUAUUAGUUUCCUUUUGGUACUUUAUACAGGAUUUCUAGCCUAACUGCUUUUCAUUGCAAUGGUCAAUGUACCUGAACAUGGCUCUAGUGGCCAGAGGAAAUGGGUACAGGAACACUGCUGUUUAGGUACUUGAAUAAGCAUAGCAUUGUAAUGAGUACAAGGGGCAUUUCUAUAUCAUUGUACUAUAGUGCUAUAGAAUAUGCAAUGUUGGGAAGUGUGGACAUGCCCAGUUUCCCACCACACAAACUUUGGGUCACAUCCAUCUUGUACAUUGUAACAGAAGCACCACUGGCAUUGGAGCUUUAGAAGUUGAGAAUAUGGGCUCAUGUUUCUCUUUCAUUAUAUCCCUCACACCUUAUUCCCAUCUAAUACUAUUUAAUUAAUCUUUUUUAUAAUCUUGUUUACUAUAGUUUCUAGAAGCUUUCCACACAAAAUAGCCUUGUUUUUCAAAAAAUACUUUCUUCCCACAAAAUUCAUUUU